UCUGGUUUAUUUUCUGGGAUUAGGUAUAAGCACAAGAAAACGAAUUUCCUAUAGGUAGUCACGAUUUCUUCACGAUUUCUUGACUCGAUACGCCAAUCUUUUAUUUCGUCUUCGUCUUUCUUCGUCACAGUAUAUCUAGACCUGCUCCAGCGCCAGUACCUCGCUCUUUUUGAAAAAGCAAACCCGAAAUCUUUAUAACCGUUGAGCGAUCACUCCUUCAAAAUUCAUUCCUCAACCCCCCUACCGUCAUUCCCCUAUCCGCGGCAGCGUCUCCCCACGCAUACCGUGCUCAACUCCGCCAACCCUCGCCCAAGACUGUCGCUCAUUACCGACUUUGGAACGAGUAUUCCCUUGAGAAUGCGUUUCCAGACCCCCCAGCUCGGCGCCCUAGGCGUUACCUUUACGGCUUUUCGGGCGAUGCAGUUUGUCUCGCUCGUUGCUAUCAUCGGCUUAGCUGCCAACUUCAUCAAUGAGAUCGUGAGCUCCCAGCUCGAUGCCCCGGAUGUGCUUGUGGGAACUAUUGUUGUGGCAAGCAUUGCGACCCUUUACGUCUCAAUCUCGUACAUUCUUUACUACGACAGGCUGCUCCCUCUCCUCGUCGCCGGUGCAAUCGAUCUCAUGCUCCUAAUCGCUGCGAUCGUGGUCGCCGUCACCAUCGGGAAGCCCUUGUCCAUGCUCAAAUGUGAGCUGCUUCCCCAACCUACGCCGCCGACUGAAACAUUCACUGUAUCCAUGUCCAUCUCGGCACGCGACUACACCUCAGCGGCUACUAGGUAUAACACCUACCUGGCACUGAUCACCACUGACCAGCCGCACUGCUACGAGAUCAAGGCCGUCUGGGGCCUGAGCAUCUCGCUCUGCGUGCUGUUUGCCUUCUCUGCCGUCAUCUGCAUCGGCCUCUGGCGCCGCAUCAAAUCCACCACGAUGGCACCUCCGAAGGACAUUGAAGGCUAG